AGACAGGCGACAUUUGUUAAGAUUGACGACCACCGCACGCACAACAAACCACUCCCUCCAAAGCUAAUCCAACUGCACUCUGCACGACACACAGUAUUCUUUACCUGGCGAUUUCUAGUUAAAACUACCUACGGCUAGCUGGCCAGUUCCCCCUCAAUACCUACAUACAGGUGUGCUGAACAGCCUGGCCAAGGCCCUGCCGCCCUCCCCCAGAUGACUCACGCUCUUUGUAAAAAAAUCCCCACCAAACGAUCAAGUAGAUGAAGCCUUUUCGCUCUUUCCCACACCAAUCACCUUCAAUUCGUUCCACAGCUAGCUUCUGUGCAAUUCGGCCGGCCGCUUUUUUCCACUGCCACCGCCGUUACCCCUCCCCCUCCUUGCCCUUGCACUCCCACUCCCACUCACACACCUACCCCUCCUACCACGAUCGCUUUCAACAUCGCACCCUUAUCACCACCCAUCACCUCUCCCGGGCCCAAGUCCUCGUCCCCUCGAAAAAGAAUAAGCCCAACGCCGCCGUCUCCAAGAUGACGACCACCGCGACGACCCUCAAGGGUCAGCCCCUCGACCGGCAGACGCUCGACGCCAUGCUGCGCCGGCGCCUCUUCUUCACCCCGGCCUUCGAGAUCUACGGCGGUGUCGCCGGUCUCUUCGACUACGGCCCCCCCGGCUGCUCCCUGCAGGCCAACAUCGUCGACCUCUGGCGUAAGCAUUUCAUCCUCGAGGAGGACAUGCUUGAAAUCGACACCACCGUCCUGACCCCGCAUGAGGUCCUUAAGACGUCGGGCCACGUCGACAAGUUCGCCGACUGGAUGUGCAAGGACCCCAAGAACGGCGACAUCCUGCGCGCCGACCACUUUGUCGAGGACGUACUCGAGUCCCGUCUCAAGGGUGACAAGGAGGCCCGCGGUGAAAAGGUCGAGGAGGAGGAUGACCCCAAAAAGAAGAAGAAGAGAAAGACAAAGACCGAGGCCGUUAAGCUCGACGACGCCCUCGUCCAGGAGUACGAGGAGAUCCUGGCUCGGAUCGACAAUUACAACGGCGAGGAGCUCGGCGAGCUCAUCAAGAAGUACGACCUCAAGAACCCCGCCACCGGCGUCCAACCCUCGCCCCCCGUCGCCUUCAACCUCAUGUUCCAGACCUCCAUCGGCCCUAGCAGCAACCUGCCCGGCUACCUGCGCCCCGAAACCGCCCAGGGCCAGUUCCUCAACUUCGCCAAGCUCCUCGACUUCAACAUGCAGCAGAUGCCCUUUGCCUCCGCCUCCAUCGGCCGCUCCUACCGCAAUGAGAUCUCCCCGCGCGCCGGUCUCCUAAGAGUCCGCGAGUUCCUCAUGGCCGAGAUCGAGCACUUUGUCGACCCUGAGGGCGGCAAGAAGCACCACCGAUUCCCGGAGAUCGACGCUAUCGAGCUGACCCUGCUAGACCGUCACACCCAGCUCGCCGGCAAGACGGACGUCAAGAAAAUGACCAUCGGCGACGCUGUACGCAAUAAGGUCGUCGACAACGAGACCCUCGGCUACUUCCUCGCCCGCAUCCACCUCUUCCUGCAAAAGAUUGGUGUUGAUAUGAACAAGGUCCGCUUCCGCCAGCAUAUGGAGAACGAGAUGGCCCACUACGCCACCGAUUGCUGGGACGCUGAACUCCUCACCUCAUCCGGCUGGAUCGAGUGUGUCGGCUGCGCCGACCGUAGCGCCUACGACCUGUCCGUUCACGCCAAGAAGACGGGGGCGCCCCUUGUUGUGCGCGAGCGCCUUGACGAGCCCCGCGUCUUCGAGGAGUGGCAGGUCGAGAUCGACAGGAAGAAGUUUGGCCCCCAGUUCAAGAAGGACGGCAAGACAGUCGAGGCCGCCCUCGAGGCCACCAACCAGGAGCAGCGUGAGAAGCUCGCCAAGCAGCUCGCCGAGAACGGUGAGCUCGAGCUCGAGGUCGCCAGCGUCGGCAAUGGCACCGUCAAGGUCAGCAAGGACCUCGUCAAGGUCGAGUUCAGGAAGCGCGUCGAGAACACCAGAGAGUACACCCCCAACGUCAUUGAGCCGUCCUUCGGUAUCGGCCGCAUUAUGUACUCGCUGAUCGAGCACGUCUACUGGAACCGUGCUACCGAAGACGGUGGCGACGAGGCCCGCGGAGUUCUCUCUUUCCCCCCGACGGUCGCCCCGACCAAGGUCCUGAUUGUGCCCCUGUCGGCCAACAAGCAGUUCCAGCCCUUCGUCAGCAAGAUCUCACAGAAGCUGCGCAAGAUCGGCAUCUCGGCGCGCGUGGACUCAUCAUCGGCCACCAUCGGCAAGCGUUACAGCCGCAACGAUGAGCUCGGCACGCCGCUCGGCGUCACCAUUGACUUCCAGACCGUCCAGGACAGCACCAUCACCCUCAGAGAUCGUGACUCUACCAAGCAGGUUCGCGCGGACGAAGACACCAUUGUCGCAGCCAUCCAGAGUCUUGUUACCGGCGCCAGGGAGUGGAAGGACGUUGCGACCGAGCUCCCGGCAUUCGAGGGACAGGAGGUUGAUGUCGCCGUUCGGUAAAAAGUUCUUUUCUAUACGGAUACCUUCCCCCGCCUAUUUUUUUUUCUUAUUGUAAGGAGUUCUGAAGAGAAUAAGAGAGUGUGAGAUAAACGCGGUGGAAGCAAAAGCCGCCUGCGUGCGGCAUCUGUAGACUUCUCAACUGAGCCUUGUGGGAUUUUGACUGUUCUCACGCGUCGCCAAGGCGUAUGGACCUGUAUGUUGCAUGGCAUUAUUGACUCAAAGCCGGGCCUGCGAUGAACGAAUAUACCUAGCAAUGCCGCCGCACGGCGCAAAGUGAUCUCACUUAUCUCAUGAGAUAUAGUUCUGCGAGUUCAUGCGCGGACACAGGCCGUCCAAAGUCUCACAGUAGAGAUGGGGGGUGGUUUCACGCCGGCCGUUGGGCGGACGGAUGGAUGGUUAGUUCAAUUGAUGGCGGUCCGCGCACUACGUGCGUGCAUGCAAGUUGAGCCUCAUGGAAGCAAUGUGGUGCCGCCGGCAUGCAUAUGUUGUCGCACCGCGGCGAAAUUCGUCCGUUAACUUGCUCACGACUGGUGCAUUUGGGACUUGCACCCCAGCCCUGGCUUGGGAGAGCGAGGUUGGCUAUGGCUGAUAACCCUUUCAAAUGCGCUCUCUCGGCAUACCGGAUAUAGAGAACGGCGGACGCCUGGCACAGUUGUCGACUUACACCCAUUCUUAUCGCGGCAUCGACAGCUUAGGACCAACGACAGCCAACAAUUUCGAUCAGUGUACUUUCCUGCCGACUUGCAAGCUCGAAUGCUCGGGUAUCCAUCGAAGCCCCCUCCUUCGUCUCAGCGCCGACGCAAAUAGCCUGAGAGGGCGGCUAUUCCGACUCGGAAAGGCAGCCCGCCCAUCCAGGGGGAGUUCGAGGCGGAUGGCAUAAAUCUGUGACAGAUCCGCGGAUUGGAAACAGAAAACUGAGUAUUCCGUCCCAUCCACGCCCAGUUUCGCUUGAUAUUCUCUGUCUGGAGGCUGAGAGGUGACGUUGAUUGUCAACUGGGCCGUCAGUCAGUCAAUUGGUGAGCUUUGCUGUGUAUAGUUGGCUGAUUAACAACGAUGGAUCGGCCGUCGGAGGGAGUCCUCUCGGUAGGGUACACACUCAUCCCCUCGAUGGGAUGCGACGCCGUGACGUUGCAUCUCAACUAGGACCAUUUAUUCCUGGCCACCUGGGUUGUUGAUGGACUGGGUGGCUGGUUGGUCUGGUGGGUGGAGUAGCAGUCAGGAAGUCGAUCUGGAAACAUCAAUGCCGAUGAGGCGAACCGUAGUCAUAACUUUGGUGUGCAGAACAUCGUAGGCACCCCUCCCGUCCGUAUGCUGGGAUAGGAAACGGAGUGGAAGAAUAUGAAACACGGACGACCUAAGAGUGAGACGGAUGAGUCGCUGACAGGAGACGCUAGCUGCAGAGCCUAGGGACGUCCCUCAAGCAUAGUAGCAGUAGCCGCUCUUGGUCUUGCCCAGGUUGGUUCUUUUGCUGUAAGUUUAGCUUUGAGCGACUGCGGGGGACCCGGCUUUGGAGCACUUCAGAACAGGGUCCUUGGUUGCUUCGACUCGGGCGAUGCCGACGUGAGGACGAGCACGAAAUGGAGGUUCGAGAUGUCACACUGUGGCAGAGAACUCUGUCUGCCACCCGUGUGUCAAGACUCGAGAAGUGCUGCCAGAAGAACUGUUCUGCGAUUUCUCCGCGGGCUAGGCUGGGCUAUGUGCGUGUGCUUGGUCCAAUACGGAGAGGUAACGAACGAACGAGGCCUAGUCUUCAGACGUAGAGAUUCCAGGCUUGAGUCCAUGACGUACGGGGUGCAAUCCUCUGGUCUCGUAGGACGGUACUUUGGGACAAAGGAGAACCCUCGGCAAGGUACCGUAGCGAAGUUCGACAGGCUGCUGUUGCGACGCAGAACGGGCGGAAAGAACGGGAUGUUUGGUCACACGGGGACCCAGGACUUGACGAACCCUACAGCCCGUAUUGGUUGAAAGUCGCGCUUGCUAGGAAGACGUCGGGAAGACAAACAACUGACAUGGACAGAGCGUUGGCGGCUGCUGACAUUCAUUUUGGAAUCAAGGCCGGCCAAGUCAGGUCCUCUCCAACAUAGGUAGCAAAGUCUCGGUUUUCUCGCCGAGACUGAACAAUGGACUGGCGACUUUUUGACUAUUGAUAGAUCGCCGCCAAUCAACCAUUUCAGUCUUGACUAAACGUAUGGCACGUCGUGAUGACAAGACGAUAGCUCAUAUGAGCAUCACUCCCAAUCGUAGGCGCAACGCAGGGCACCGUAGGAUCCCCAUCUGCUAUCGGUGCUUGAACGGAUUGACUGGAUUCCUGCAGCAAACGAGAGGGAGUACCCUAGACUGCAGGCAACAAGAAAUGGCCUUAUAUUUCAAGUCUCAAGAGUCAGACCCCAG